AUGGUAGGUUUUGAAGUGGAAGAACUUGAAAUUGGCCAUGGGACUCACACCCUCUCAACCGCAGGAGGCAACUUUGUUCCUGGGGCGAAUGUUUAUGGCUUAGCAAAUGGAACUGCUAAAGGUGGUUCGAAGCUUUUGUUGAACUUCGCAAUGGGAAACGCCUCAAGCAGGGUAAAAGCUUUUCAGGAUCUUCACUUGAAGAUAAAUUUUAUCACCUCUUCACUUGCCAAUGCAUCUAUUAAAGACGCCAUGCACUGUAAGCCAGGAUCAUUGGAUCAUAAGAAGGCCAAGGGUAAAAUCAUGGUCUGUCUAACCAGCCGGGAAACUUCAAAACUGGAUCAGGGCUACCAAGCUUCUUUGGCUGGUGCAGCAGGGAUGAUUGUUUGCAAUGAUAAGGAAUGGGGUAACGAUAUCGAUGCAGAGCCUUACAACCUGCCAGCAUCAGAAAUCACCUACGCAGAUGGGCUUGUCGUAUUUGACUACAUAAAUUCUACUGAAGAUCCUCAGGGAUACAUUACUAGUACAAAAGCAAACUUGGGCCCAAGGCCUGCUCCAAUAAUGGCUGAUUUCUCUUCUAGGGGGCCAAGUAUUGUCACACCGGAGAUAUUGAAGGUUUUAUCAAUCUUACAAUGUCCCCAGUCUCUUCUGCGUCUCAAUAAGACCAAUUGUAACAAAUGGAAGCAUUCUAUGUUUGUCAGUGCAAAACCCUCAUUAAAAGAUGGCACCCUCAGUUUAAAUGGGAAAGAAGCAAUUACAGGAGUGCCUGACAAUGUCUUCCUUACACCUGUGACGGAUUCGUCAGCAUUCUUGGGGGCUACUUCCUCAGAAAGCAGUUCCAGACAUGUUUUCAAGCUUGGAGUUAUUCUGGACGUGAGACUACUAAGUCUGUUUAGAUUUAAAGUUUGGUGGAUGAUACCUAGAGUGGGGAAUUCAGGAAGUGACAUUCCUAUUGAAACCCAGAUGUUGCUGUUGGAAGCAAGGAAAGGGCAGGAUUUAGAUAAGUCAAAUGAUUCUCCUUCUUAUAUCUUAUUCUUGCCUUUUCUAGAUGGUGAAUUUCGAAGCAGCUUGCAAGGGAACUCAUCAAAUGAACUUGAGUUUUGUCUUGAAAGUGGUGACCCUGCUAUAGUUACUUCAGAAUCCAUAAGAGCCGUUUUUGUGAAUCACGGGAACCAUCCAUUUGAUCUAGUGAAGGAAUCAAUGAAUUUAUCCGAGGGAGGCACGCCAGCAAAGCUUUUGAUAAUAGAUGAUGGUUGGCAGGAUACAACUAAUGAAUUCCAAAAAGAAGGAGAGCCAUUUAUUGAAGGGUCACAGUUCGGUGGCAGGUUAGUCAGCAUUGAAGAAAACAACAAAUUUCGGAGAACAGCCAACGAAUCUCUGGGUGAUGCACCGAAUAAUCUAAAACAUUUUGUUGCAGAUAUUAAGAGGACUUUUGGCCUUAAUCCAUGGGACUUGAUGAUAAUAGUAGACAGGGAUGGUGCAGAGGAGUUCAUAGCAACUGCCCUUCAAGCAGACCAAGUGCACAAGCAUCAGCAUAACUUCCAUCUUAAUGUUCUUCCUCUCUUGAAGUACGUCUAUGUAUGGCAUGCCCUAUUGGGAUAUUGGGGAGGUCUUGUUCCCAAUGCUCGUGAAACUAAGAAAUAUAAUCCCAGAUUAACAUACCCACUGCAGUCGCCAGGGAACUUGGCAAAUAUGAGGGAUCUAUCCAUGGAUUGUAUGGAGAAGUAUGGUAUUGGUGCAAUUGAUCCUGAAAGAAUAUCUCAGUUUUAUGAUGAUCUACACCGCUACCUUGCUUCACAGAAUGUGGAUGGGGUUAAGGUUGAUGUUCAGAAUAUACUGGAAACUAUUGCAAAUGGUUUCGGAGGCCGAGUCUCACUUACCAGACAUUUCCAAGAAGCACUUGAGAAGUCUAUAGCUGCCAACUUCCAAGACAACAGCAUUAUCUGUUGUAUGGGUCUGAGCACAGACUCCAUUUACCACUCAAAAAGAAGUGCUAUCACACGGGCCUCUGACGAUUACUAUCCACAAAAUCCAGCCACACAGACGCUGCACAUAGCUGCUGUGUCUUUUAACAGCAUAUUUCUUGGUGAAGUUUUUGUUCCAGAUUGGGAUAUGUUCUAUAGCCUCCAUGAUGCAGCUGAAUUUCAUGCUAUCGCAAGAGCUGUAGGAGGGUGUGCUGUCUAUGUCAGUGACAAACCUGGUCAUCAUGAUUUCAAGAUACUUAAAAGGCUUGUACUUCCUGAUGGAUCAGUGCUUAGAGCUAAAUAUCCAGGAAGACCAUCAAAAGAUUGCCUAUUCAUUGAUCCAGUUAUGGAUGGGAAGAGUCUUCUGAAGGUUUGGAAUUUGAACAAAUGUACUGGAGUUAUCGGUGUGUUCAACUGCCAAGGAGCAGGAAGCUGGCCUUGUCUGGACAUCACAAACCAUAAACAUGUUACUGCAGAGAUAUCUGGAGAGGUUUCCCCUGCUGAUGUUGAGUAUUUUGAAGAGGUCUCUGGGAAACUGUGGACCGGAGAUUGUGCAAUCUAUUCUUUCAAUAAAGGAUGGCUGUCUCGGUUACGGAAGGAAGGAAAGUUUGCUGUUGGAUUAAAAACUCUGCAAUGUGAUGUCUUCACCAUAUCACCUAUCAAGGUUUACUAUGAGAAGAUUGAGUUUGCAGCGAUUGGAAUGAUGAACAUGUACAACUCUGGUGGAGCCAUUGAGUCAGUUGAACAGCCUAGUGAUUCAUCUAGCUCUAGUAAAAUACAGAUCAAGGGAAGAGGGGCAGGCAGUUUCGGUGGAUACUCCAGUGUGAAGCCAAAGUCUUGCUCUAUAAAUGGAAAAGAUGAAGAAUUUAUAUACAGAGAAGAGGAUAAACUCCUGGUAGUAACCAUAAUUCCCUCCAAUAACAGCGGUUGGGACAUGGAUAUUUGGUUCUGA